GCGGCCAUCUUUCUAUGUGGCAAAAGAACAGUUUGCCGAUUGGCUACAAAGGAAUAGCAAACUGUCUGUUAAUUGGUUGGUGGCGUUUUGGUCGGCCAGCAUCUGUGUUGGAUAUUGAGCUUUAACAAGAAGAGUGGGGAGCAAACAGUGAAAGUGAGGGCAUCUCCGUGAAAUUAAGCAGAGGGUAUAAAUGUUGGGAUAAUAUGGUGGAACGGUAUUCCAUAUAAUUGUAGCUCCUAAAGGCUUUUAUGGUGCUUAGCCAUGGAAGGACAUGAAGGGGAUCUUAUGAUAAACAAAAAAUUUGUGACAGAAUCAGAAAUAGAAGAAAUACGAAAGAAAAGGCAAGAGGAAUGGGAGAAAGUGAGAAAACCAGAAGACCCAGAAGAGUGUCCAGAAGAAGUCUAUGACCCUCGUUCGUUAUAUGAAAAACUUCAAGAGCAGAAAGAUAAGAAGCAGUUGGAAUAUGAAGAACAGUUUAAAUUCAAGAAUAUGGUGAGAGGUUUAGAUGAAGAUGAAACCAAAUUUCUUGAUGAGGUUUCAAGAAAACAAGAACUGAUUGAAAAGCAGAGAAGAGACGAGGAAAUGAAAGAAUUGAAUGAAUUCAGAAAUGCCCGCUCCAAAGUGGCAUCUUCAAGCACAGACCAAAAAAAGAGAGAAGCAGAUAAGAAGCCGGCUGGUAAACCUGUUGAAACCAAGACUAAAUUUUCACAGUCAAAGCUGCUGGCAGGAGCAGUCAGGCACAGAAGCAAUUCUGAAAGUUCUAGUGCUAAGAAAAUCAAACUGGAACCAGAACAUGAGAAAUUUAAAGAGAGUCACUCGGACCCCAUCGGAAGCAGUUCUGUCGGUGGUUCUCUUCUUCAUUGUCCUUCAGCCUCAGUCUGUAUUGGAAUUUUGCCUGGCCUGGGCGCAUAUUCCGGGAGCAGUGAUUCCGAAUCUAGUUCAGACAGUGAAGCCACUAUCAACUCCAUGGGAAAGAUAGUCUCCUCUGUGUUUCGCACAGGAACAUACCUGAAUGCUCCGUAACGAACUCCUGAGUGAAAUCAUCUUUUAAAUUUGGAAAACUAAACAUGGAAAUUUCUGCUUAUAGGGUAACAAUUAAGGACAAAAUCUGUGCACACAGACUGCAAAGUAUGGGGUGAUUCACAUAUAUGUGUGUAGUAUAUUUUAUUCAUAUAAUGUAUUAAAAUAAUUCAAUUUGAUAAGUCAACAGGUUUUGUUUGCAACACUGCUCAAUUUGGACAUCAUUAAAGGAGCUCCUUUCGCUUCUGUGUUAAAGAUUGUGCUUGUCCCACGCUCCCUAGAUCGGCCAAAAAAAUAAAUCUGUAACCAAGCUUUUCAAACUCCUGCAUAGUCCUUAAAGGGACAGUAAACUCCUAAUGUGUUAUUGUUUAAGAAGAUAGAUAAUCCCUUUAUAUUAGCGCUGCGGAAUCUGUUGGCGCUCUACAAAUAACCGAUAAUAAUAAUAUUACCCAUUUCCCAGAUUUGCACAACCAACAUGGUUAUUUUAAUAUACUUUUAACCUCUGUGAUUACCUUGUAUCUAACUAACUAAGCCUCUUCUGCAGCCUCCUUUAUCAUAUUGCUUUUUAUUUAUUAUCUGUUGACUUGCAUUUUAGCCAAUGAGUGCAGUGUCAGCCACAACUUCUCGGGAGAGAGCACAAUGUUAUCUAUAUUGCACACAUGAAUUAGCAGUCUCUUGUUGUGAAAUGCUAAAAAAAGGAUGUGAUAAGAGGCUGCCUGUAAAUGUUAUAAAGUAUAUUAAUAUAACAAUGUUGGUUGUGCAAAGCUGGGGAAUGGGCAGUAAAGUCGUUAAUUAUCUUUUUAAACAAUAACAAUUUUGGUGUUGACUGUGCCUUUUAAACUUGCUAUUUGAUUUUGAGGUUACAUAAUUUGUUUUUUGAACUCUCUUGUGAGGGUGGAACUAGCAUCCCUUUACAUAAAAACAAGUGGUGUUUAAUUUCCCUUUAAAAAAAAAAAAAACUAAUACUUUGGUAUUUAUUUGUUUUUGCGCCUAACUUUUCAAUAAAUUGUUUGUCAGCUGCA